AUGGAUUACAACCUUCAGGUUGAUCUCAUCUUGCAGUCUCUUCCUGAUUCUUUCUCUCAGUUUAUUGUUAAUUUUAACAUGAAUGAUAUUGAGUGCACACUGGCGGGUCCUCUUAACAAGCUAGUAAGUACUCAGUCUCAAAUGAAGACUAAAGGGAAGGAUGUUGUUGCUUUGACUAUCUCUACUUCUAGGCCCUUAAAGCCCAAGAAGAAAAAGAUGGCCAAGAAGCAGAAUGCUCUGGCUCCCAAAGCAGUAGAAGGAGUGGGUCAGAAUAAAGGUAAGGCUCUGGUGGUUUGUGCGAGUGAGAGCUCCAAGCAAGCGAGCAAGUGUUUCCAUUGUGGCGAGGCCGAUCAUUGGAAGCGUCAUUGUCCACAGCUCAUAGCAGAUGGCUCUACAGGAAGGAUAGUGGAGAUGCUUGAUGCUUUAGAAGCAAUGGCUGAAGACACGCAACCUAUUCCACCUAGAGCAAUGAUUUUGGGAAGAAAAUAUCGUUCAUUUGUAAGCUCGUGGAUAGAACCUAUGCAAGAAGAAGCUGAUAUUGGGAAAGAAAUUGGUUACAUUGUCAGGACUGUAGAUGAAGAAUUAGAUGAACUAAUAUCACGGAUUAAACUUGAAGAUGGGAAUAUAGAGUUCUGGAAAAGCCGUUUCCUUGGUGAAGGCUUAAACAAUGUUCCUAAUAACCAAGCUGAAGUAGAAAAGUCUGAUUCUUCUGAUAUGUUGUAUGAUGAUGGCGAUGAGGGGGAGGAUGCCUCUAAAGAAACAGAAGAUGAUGAGGUAGAUGAAGAGGAAGAAGUUGAACAACAGGAGGAAGAAGUCGAACAAACUGAAAACCAAGCAGUUGAUAGUAUUAAAGACAAGGAAGCUCAAAGAUUGAAGCCUCUUCAAAUGAUCGAUAUGAGUUCAGUUGUUAAAGGAUUUUGA